UCCACUUAACAAUAAUACAUUGUAAUAGUUAUGCCAAUGUUUGGUGAUGACCAAUGCAAACUGCAUAAUAUAAUUAUGUUUUCUUAAAUAAUGACAAAUGAGACUAAUUUGGCAGAGACAUUAAAGUGUGUGUUUGUCAUAACAUAUUAUCCAUUAUGAUGAGUUCCCUUCAUCAAGCAAGCAACGUUGGAGGUAUAUUUUCUGUACGUUUGAAGACAAACAAUACUUUUUAAAAUUAAAAAGUGUUGCCAUUAAUACAAGAAAACGCAGUCUUAAACUUGCCAACUUAGCAACUUUUUUACUUCCCAGUAAAUGAACUUGGUAUUUUUUCCGAGUUUGUUUUUCUUCUUUCGAAGGACAGAAACGACUUCAGCUUUAUUUAACCCUUUAAAAUAUCUCAGUAGAAGAUAAAGAACACCAGAAGUAAACUUUAAAGCAACCCUCAAACGGUUUCUUUAAGAAAUUGCUGUUUUACUGGAAGAAAGAAAUUCCCGAGCAAAAUAAUUAUGCUCCAACAUUAAAACCUUGGGGGUUUUUUACCUCAAAAUGUCGGAUGUGCCAGUUUCUUAAGAUAACAGCUUUUCUUUUUCCAAGGUCUGAGAAUGUAGGGUUAAGAAUCACCUCACGUACUAAGUAGCCCAGAGUCCAGAUAUGUCACAAGUGCUUGGCGUGAAACCUCGAUCUGAAAAACUUCUAUAAACUUACACUCGCAAGUCCACUCAGUCAUAUCUCCCAGAUAGCCUCUCUCAGGUACUACCGACCGAUUGUUCUUCCGGCUGUUUGAUACCUUCCUUAAGUUGUAUAACAUUAAGUUGAUGGACUAAUUAUUGUUUUUAAUUAUUUACCUUUCUGCUAGGAUGUUUAAUCCGUCUCAGCUCGGGUGGAGCCUGAUAGGGCGUGAUCGGAAAUUCACAUACCAAAAUAAUUAUAUAGAUUGUGCAGAUGGUGACGGAAAAGCACCCACAUUAAAACAAUAAAUAAAAUUUCCAGUUCCCUGUAUUUCCCAGCAUGCAGUUCCUGGCUCUCUGUCUCCUUGUGGCCCCUGUGGCUUACACUCUUGCUGCCCCAGACCCCACCACCAUCUGCCUGCCAGAAAAGAGUACCAUGCGCGUCUUUGGACUGAUCCGAAAAAUCCAAGCAAACGUGUCUUCUGACUUCUCCCAGAACAAAAUCGCCGAGGUCACUGAGCUAGAAAGGAGAGUGUUAGAUCUCAACACUAACUACAGCUACGCGAUUGACCCAACAGGUGCAUGCACCAGGCAGCGUCUGCCUGUUCCCGGAAUCAUCACAAGAUGUCUUCCACCAAGCACCGUAUUCCUUGGUACAGUCUUCGAGGGUUUCGUCAACAAAGUCAGCCUGAACGGUUGGCUGAUCCCUGUGAACCAGGACAUCAAUGUGACUCUGUUGACGUACACAGAGCCUGGACAAUCUGACUCUUACUUCGUGCUCAGGAGAGAUGACACCUCAUGGGGACAGAGGAUUUCCUUUGUCAGCAACCCUGUCGCUUCCAUCGCUGACACAAGCGUGUUCAACGUUCCCGCCGUCUGCCCAGACAAACCCCUGGAGGUCCGGCUGAAUGUUUUCAAAUAUAUGUGA